AUUAGUUAUCGAUAUUCUAACGGUGCACCAUUCGUAAUAUUGACUUCGGCGGACACACGUGUAGUGAGUGUAGAAAAAUUGAAAAUGAUAUUUAUCAGUAAAACUAUUCCAUAUAUAUACGCGCUACUAUAUUUAAAUCGAGAAGGUAAUCCGUUUCAUUCAACGCUCCGGGAUCGAUUUUGGAACCAAAGCCAGGAAGCCAGUGCACUAGAAGUAAACGACUUCGCGGUAACUUAUUCUUUGAUACCGUUCCGUGCCUCCACAGGAUUUGUGGUCAAAAUAAAUGUACCAGUAGACGCUAAGCUGGACUUCAAAGGUCUCGCCGCGAAAUACGGGCACCCGUGCGAGGAACAUUACGUCGAGUCAGAGGACGGUUACGUCACCAAGUUAUUUCAUUUACCGGGAGACAGGAAACGACCGGUGCUCAUGAUGCACGGCAUCUUCGAUUCUGCCGAUACUUUUAUCAUCAGAGGCAAGAGAUCAAUGGCCAUAUCUCUCGCGAACGCUGGCUACGACGUGUGGCUGGCAAACAUGAGAGGAAACAAACAUUCCCGGAGACACGUUACUCUGAAUCCCGACAAAGAUCCUGAAUUUUGGAACUUCAGUUACCACGAAAUGGCGUUGUACGAUCUACCUGCGACUAUCGACUACAUCCUGGGUCACACCGGCCAAACACGGAUCUAUGGUAUCGGUCAUUCCCAGGGCAACAAUAUCUUCUUCGCAAUGACGGCAAUGUUGCCACAAUAUAACAAAAAGAUCAAGGUUUUUAUUUCGUUAGCACCAGCAGUUUAUAUUGGCAACAUUGAAAUGCCCACGAAAAUACUAGUCCUCCUGUCUCCCCUUGUAAACUACCUGUUUGAGGGAGUUGGCAAUGAGGAAAUUUUGCCCGAUGGGACAAUUCUUCAGAGACUUUUGCAAAAAGUUUGUCCCUUAGGGUUGCCAGGAUAUGUUUUAUGCGUUGAGUUGAUUCUAUUUCAACUAGCCGGUUACAACACGGCAGAACUGGAGCGAGAAUUCUUGCCGAUUGCACUUGGUCAUACCCCCAGCGGAAGUUCAAGGAAAAACCUCAAUCAUUUGGCGCAGUCGGGAAAAUACAAGCGUUUUGCCUAUUACGAUGCCGGCGCUGAAGAAAAUAUCCGACUAUAUGGAAGAAAGGAACCUCCUUUGUACGAUCUCAGCGCGGUCACCAUGAAAGUGGCCAUUUUUACUGGCAACAACGACAAAUUGGUCGUUAUGAAGGAUACUGCGAGACUGCGAGACCAGUUGACAAAUGUUGUCGAGUACAGGGUAUUGAAACCGCGAAAAUGGAAUCACGUGGACUUCGUAUGGGGGAGGAACGCUGACAUUUAUUUGUUUCCAUAUAUCCAUCAAUUGUUGCGCAAAUAUUAAGGAAAUACAACCGUUACGUUCUUUUAAGACUAAAAUUCUUACAUCGUUCAAUGCAGGAGAAUUUAUUGUACUGAGAACUUCAAAAUAAAUGUUUCAUUCGUCUUGAACUUGACGUGUUUUAAACGACAAUUAAACUAAUUUUAUGGUUUACGUAUUUAAUUGGCAACUGUGAAACAUUCACACCGAUAAAUU